AUGGCGCCACCCAACACCAGAAGCGGCAAGAAGCGGGCAGCUGAGAAGCCAUCGCCGACCGAUGCUGGAUCUGGUACCAGCUACUUCAACCUCUACCCCAAGGCUGAGGGAUACAGCGUUGUCCAGACGAAUAUCCUGCCAACCAUAGGCAAUGCAAUCCAGAUUGUUGCAGCCUUUGCCGUGGGCUGGCUGUCGGAUGCAACGGGCAGUCGUGUCUGGACAGUUGUGCUUGUGCAAGUACUAGUGCUGGUCUCGAACAUCAUAUUGACGAUCUGGAACGUGCCAAAGGCGGCGUUGCUCGCUGCCUUCUACUUGAGCUACACUGGGGGAGCGGCACAGCCGGUGGUUAUUAGCUACGGGCAUGAGAUCACACAGUGGAAUUCAAACCUCAGACAGCUACUCGUGGCUACUGGAAACAUCUUUACCUACACGUUCAGUGCUUGGAUGCCCGUGGUACUCUUUCCGACUUAUGAUGCGCCCAAGUACGAUUACGCGUAUCAAACACUCAUCAUGUUCGGCGUCCUUGCAGUGGGAGGCAUAUAUUUGUUAGACUACUUGUAUAAACGGGACAUAUAG